AUCUCCUUCCGCGUCCCGAGGGUAGGGGAACGCCGGAACGCUAUUCCUACCACGAAACCGGCACCACACCCGCCGCCUGCAUUCGUCUGUCUCGUCGCCUCCGCCUCCGCCUCCGCCUCCCGUCCUCUCCUGGCAUCGCGCCACCAGUCCUCUGAAGCAUGGACGGUAGCGGCAGCAGCGGUGGAACCAACGGAGGCAGCGGCGGCGAUGGUGCCGGGUGGCUGCGACCUAUGGACGCGGAGCAGCUGCGGGAGUGCGGCCACCGGAUGGUGGAUUUCGUCGCCGACUACUACAAAUCCAUCGAGACCUUCCCCGUCCUCAGCCAAGUGCAGCCAGGAUAUCUAAAGGAACUUCUACCGGAUACUGCUCCAAACAAACCUGAUACAUUGGAGGCCCUUUUUGAUGAUAUACGAGAGAAGAUAGUACCAGGAGUUACACAUUGGCAAAGUCCAAAUUACUUCGCCUAUUAUCCUUCCAAUAGCAGCACUGCUGGCUUCCUUGGGGAGAUGCUUAGUGCAGCCUUUAACAUAGUCGGAUUCAGUUGGAUAACCUCUCCUGCUGCAACUGAGCUAGAGGUUAUUGUCUUGGAUUGGUUUGCCAAAAUGCUUAGGCUCCCAAGUCAGUUCCUGUCAACUGCACUUGGUGGAGGUGUAAUCCAGGGCACUGCUAGUGAAGCAGUUCUUGUUGUCCUUUUGGCUGCACGAGACAGGACUUUGAGGAAGCAUGGGAAGACGUCCCUUGAAAAACUAGUAGUCUAUGCAUCAGAUCAGACACAUUCUGCUCUCCAAAAGGCAUGCCAGAUUGCUGGGAUUUUCCCAGAGAAUGUGAGAUUGGUGAAGGCUGAUUGCAAUAGAAACUAUGCUGUUGCACCUCUAGCCAUUAGUGACGCCAUUGCCACAGACUUGUCAUCUGGCUUAAUACCAUUUUUCAUCUGUGCAACAGUAGGCACGACAUCUUCAUCAGCUGUGGACCCCUUGCCUGAGCUAGGACAAAUAGCAAAGGCCAAUGACAUGUGGCUCCACAUUGAUGCUGCCUAUGCGGGAAGUGCCUGCAUAUGCCCAGAAUAUCGACAUCACCUAAAUGGAGUGGAAGAAGCUGAUUCAUUUAAUAUGAACGCACAUAAGUGGUUCCUGACAAACUUUGAUUGUUCCUUACUUUGGGUGAAGGACAGAAGUUAUCUCAUACAAUCAUUGUCUACAAAUCCAGAGUUUCUCAAGAAUAAGGCUUCUGAAGCAAAUUCUGUCUUUGAUUUCAAAGACUGGCAAAUUCCACUUGGGCGACGUUUUAGAUCACUUAAGUUAUGGAUGGUCUUGAGGCUUUAUGGCGUGGAGAACCUUCAAAGCUACAUCAGAAAGCAUAUAGAGUUAGCCAAAGAGUUCGAACAACUUGUGAUCUCUGAUUCAAGAUUCGAGGUCGUGACUCCAAGGACCUUUUCACUUGUUUGUUUCCGCCUUGUGCCCCUGGCGUCUGACCAAGAUAACGGUCGCAAAUUAAACUAUGACCUAAUGGAUGCUGCUAAUUCAAGUGGGAAGAUCUUCAUAUCACAUACGGUUCUUUCUGGCAAGUUUGUCUUACGAUUUGCAGUAGGAGCACCGCUUACAGAGGGGCAACACAUCUUUUCUGCUUGGAAGAUUCUACAAGAUUUGGCCACCAAACAGCUAUUGGAAAGUUCAUAGAUUAAUUAGAAAAAUUGUACAGAUUAGUACUUAUUUUCCUCUGUGACUGACUUCCAAGCAUACUACGCGCGCCUACAUAUGUUUGUUGCCCGAACAUGCGUGCUGCACUUGUUUGGAAGCAGAUUUGGAGGUCUUCAUUCAUUGUUAUGAAAUGCAACACAAUCUGUUGCAAUAGCUUUUUUUUUUUUGAGAGGAAUCUGUUGCAAUAGCUAAAGGGCCAAACAUGAUGAUGGGCCAAAUUUGUUCACGGAGCAGUGUUGGGCUCCAGAUCCGGCACAACGCUCAGCAUUCACAGAGAUUACUGGACAGCUUCGCUCCAUGUCAGCUGCUGUAGCAAAUCAGGCGAAGGCAACCAAAUAAGAUACACCUUUUGACGUCGUUAUACUCCGUUUCAAA